CCAGUACUUCAUUAGCCCAUACAAAAAGAUUGAAAACACCGCAUCGAUCUACAAUAUCAGACACAAGACAGGAAAAAAACAUACAUACGCUUUGCAUCAAAUUGUAUAGCCUGCGAUCGCUUCACAGUGGCAAAGGCCAACCAAGAUCAACCCAAGAGCCGCAAUCGUGCCCUAAUCGAGAUGAGGCACCCGACAAUGAGGAGCUCUACAACGCUGUACAUACUUUUACUGAACCUGGCUCUGACCUUCAAUAUGGUGGUUGCUCUGCCAUACGCUGGAAGAGGUCAUUUGCAACUUGGUGAUGCCAUCCAAGCAUACUUGUCAACAGCAAAAUCAAGUCCAGCAGACUUAUCCUUUGCACCACAACCACAAUACAUCACCUUGACACCACCCAUAAGGCGGUUGGAACACCAACAGGAAGCAGAGGUUGCAGCUUUGCCAUUGCAUGGAGAAAAGCCAUGUGAAAGUGGUUCACGGAGUGGCAGCGCAGAAAAGCAGUCUCUCAUCGAGGAUUGGAUGGCAUGGAGGCUGCAGUUUGGUCGACAGACGAGAGAAAGGAGCUGUCGGCUGGAUAAGAAAGGAUGUGCAAGUAUUCGGAAAAGGAGUUGAGAGGGUUUGCAGGCUGGCUGUAAGAGAUUCGGGGCUUGAAAAUGAAACAAACAGAUUCUUUGAGAGAGCUAUCAAGAUACACAGGACAUGGAU